AUGGAUUCUCAAACAGCCUUAGAGCUUGUCAAAAAUGGCGCCACUCUUCUCUUCCUCGACGUUCCUCAGUACACCCUUGUUGCAAUCGAUACUCAGAUGUUCUCUGUUGGACCUGCUUUUAAGGGUAUUAAGAUGAUCCCUCCAGGCACUCAUUUUGUCUACUAUAGUUCAUCCACCAGAGAUGGAAAGGAGUUUUCACCGACUAUUGGAUUCUUUAUUGAUGUUGGUUCUUCAGAGGUAAUUAUUCGUAAAUGGGACCAACAAGAGGAAAGGCUAGUCAAAGUAUCCGAGGAAGAGGAUGGAAGAUAUAGUCAUGCUGUUAGAAAUAUGGAAUUCGACCGACAACUUGGCCCUUACAAGCUUAGCCAUUGUGAAGAUUGGAAGCGAUUAUCUAAUUUCAUUACAAAGAGCAUCAUCGAACGGCUCGAACCCAUCGGAGGAGAAAUAAGUGUUGAAUGUGAAAAUGAUGUGUUCAGAAACACUCUUAAAACUCCAAUGGAGGAAGCACUAGACAAGAAGCUGAAUGUUGGUAAUUCCGAAGCAUCUGUUGGCAAGUUCCAGAGAAAAGGAUGUUAUUAUACUUCGAUCCCACGUGUUGUAAAAUGCAAGGGGAUUAGUGGGCAGGAACUUACUUCUCUGAAUCUUGACAAGACACAUUUGCUUGAAACUCUACUGGCAUCAGAUUAUGGAGGUUCUGAAGACUUGCUCCUUGGAGAACUGCAGUUUGCAUUUAUUGCCUUUUUGAUGGGUCAGUCACUAGAAGCAUUUCUUCAGUGGAAAUCUUUGGUUAGCCUUCUGUUUGGUUGCACGGAAGCACCUUUCCACACACGAACUCGGCUAUUUACCAAGUUCAUAAAAGUCAUCUAUUAUCAACUAAAAUACGGACUACAGAAAGAUCGCAAAGAUGAUACGGGACCACCAUUGUUGGAUGAUUCUUGGCUUUCUACCGAUAGCUUUUUGCACCAUCUUUGUAAGGAUUUCUUUUCAUUGAUGCUAGAUGGGUCAGUUGUUGAUGGAGAUCUAUUAAAAUGGACAAGGAAAUUUAAGGAUCUAUUAGAGAGCAAUCUAGGAUGGGAGUUUCAGCAGAGCAGUGCUGUUGAUGGUUUGUAUUUUGAUGAGAAUGAUGAGUUUGCUCCAGUAGUGGAGAUGUUAGAUGAUGAAGCACCUGCAGUUUAG